AUGAUGAAAGUAGAGCUGUUGAAGGAGUGGCUCGAAGACCUUUUGAAGCCGGGAUACGUGAACCAAAGGAUAGAAAGCCUCAAGAAAGCGAUCUUCAAGAAGAACAAAAACUCGGAGGAGGACCAGAAGUUUCGCUACCGCUUCCUCGACGUCACGAGCACCGCGAUUUCGGAGGAGCAGGUUUGUUCUGACUUCAAUUUCAACAUUGUGGUCUCUUACUGCGGCUCGUUCGCGGAUGACCUGCCAACCAAAAAGGAAGUGGAGGCAGCAGUCUCAUGGGCGGGACAGCACUUCAGGCUGAACCAGGGCUUGGACAAGGCAGACAAGGAGGACUGGGCAGUGGAAGAAGCUGCUUUGAUAAGAUCGUUCGCCUCCUGGGCAUGUGCUCGCAGUCGCCGCAACAAGGAGACAAGGAAGGGCACUUCGCACGAGAAGCUGGCGAUCCUUAAGCAGGUCAUCCAAGCCCGAAAGAAGGACGCGAGGAUGAUGAAGGCAGCCGGCAAUGACAAGCCGGAAGACGCCGCAGACGCCUGUGGCACGGAAGACGGGGCCGAAGCCGGCGAGGAAGAGGCUGGGGAAGACGAUGAAUGUUUGGGUGAUGAGUUGGAGAGUGAAACCGAAAAAGAUGGCACCAAAGGAACCUUCAAGGACAUUCGGCUUUGCAUUCAGCUCGCUUGUUACAGUUCUUGCAUUGUUUAUAUGGCAGCUUCAACUACUGGUUGCAAGGAUGAAAAAGCACCGAAGAUCCCUCCUGCGAAGCUUCCGAAGUCUGUGACUGCCAAAGCCGAGAAGUUGUUGUCUGAAGCCGAGAAGGAUGAUCCAAACCUUGCCCUGGAGGCCAAGGAAAAAGAAAUGGAUGACCAGGGAGAGGACGAGCAGGAGGAGGCAGAUGAAGCCAAUGAAAAGCCCGCCAAGAAGGUCAAGGGUGUCCGGGAGGAAAGUGAUGAUCAGGAAAAGGACGAGGAGGAGGAGGAGGCAAAUGAAGAGGCCGAGGAAGGAGGCCGUCUCCGCCAGGUGGGGAGGGGAAAGAACAGCCAAGUGAUUUGGUUUGUCCGUUGCUAUCAAACCAGAAAUGCACUGGAGGUGAAAGACCUUUGGAGGCCCCGCUUUGAGGCAGCUCAUCGAAAGGUCAUGGACAAUCACCCUGGACAGCAACAAAUCCAAGAUCGGUUCAGCCCCUAUUCUGGGUGUUUCUACAUUAACAAAGCGGAUGAGCAACGCUUGGAUGCCGUGAACGGGAAGUACGGGCUUGACUUCGAAGUCAACAAGAAGGGCGGUGCAAGCCUCGGCUGGACCAAGUUCGAGUCGCUGAUCGAAGCGCCUGGUGGGAAGCCGCUUGCCAAGCGGCCGAUUGGUGAUGCGAAGGAUGCUUCGGACAGCGACCAGGACUACGCCUUCCAGGCUGUGACAAACCUCGCCAAGGCCGGGUUCCAGCUCUGCUACGAUAUCGCGACUUCCGAUUGUGAGACCUCCUUUCGAAUGGAGGCAGAGCCGUGUAGAGAAGAGAACGUCCGGAACGUCGGGACCAUCGAGGCAGUGGCGGGGUCCUACGACAGCUCCAAGGAGGAUGCCCAGAACCCGUGGCCGAAUCUUGAGGAUGAGCUCCCUGGUGCGACGGUUUCUCCUAAGCUUCCCAAAGGAAUGAAAAAGACCGCCGGAAAGAAGUCUCCCGCUGGAAAGGAAAAGUCUCCCUCAGGAAAGGAAGAGUCUCCCUCAGGAAAGGAAGAGUCCACCUCAGGAAAGGAAGAGUCCCUUUCAGGAAGUACCAAAUCUCCGACGGGCAGAACGGCAUUCCAGAAAGGCAAGGCUGGGAAGAAACCACUUCGUACCGACUCAAUGCAGACAGUUGUGGAGACACCCCCGCCGAAACACAAGCGAGCCGCCUCCUCUGACUUGUCGGACAACACACAGAAGAAGGUGAAGGCUGCCCUCAACAGGCAACAGACGGUGGAUGCGAAGUCAACCCCAGAACGGAAGGCUGAUGCUGAAGCCGCCCAAAAGAAGCUCGAGGCAGCUUUCAAUGAUGAGGAUGAAACCCAGAAGGAUAACGAGCCCGCAGCCACGAAGCCUACCACCAAGCCGAAGGUGAGCACAGCAGCACAGCCCGGAGGGGAGUGGUACAUCCCCAAAGAAGACAUCCCCAGCAAAGUCAAAGGUUCUCAGUUCUUGUUGACACUGAGUCGCUGCACGCCGACAGAGAUCAAGUCUGCUUUCGAGAAGUCGAAGUAUUGCAAACACAAGAUGUCGUCUUUGUACGAAGACUUCCUCUCGAGUGCCGGGAACUGGAGAAGCAGCAUGGUGUACAAAUGCAUCAAAAGCACCAAUCGCAACGGGCGCCGGGGCAUCCGGCGAUGGCUCACACGCAGCCAGCUGGAAGCUCACUUCCAGGACACAGCCAUCGUGACUGCCAUUAUUGUCCGCAAAGAGACAGACGACUACCUGUCGAAGACGGAAAUCCGAGAGCAUCCGGAUUGCCCGGGACUGAUUCAGUACCUGGUGCUGGUGGAUGAAGAGCACACAGACGAGGAUAUCGACGAAGUUACUGACAUGUUUCGCAUGGAGGACGCUGGCUCAGAGGAGAGCGACAGCUCGGACGACGACAGCGAUGAUGAUGAUGAUGACAAGGAUGACAAGCCGUCCAAAAAGGGUGGCAAGGCCCCGAAAGACAAAAAGGACAAGAAGGACAAGAAGGACAAGGGCAAACGCCCGAAGAAAAACAAAAAGCAAUCCAAGAAGAAGAAGGGCAAGAAGAACAAGGGCAACCGCAAGGACGCGGAAGAGACCGAGCAGGACAAAGAGAAGGAAAGGAUCAAGAAGGUCAAGCAAGAGGCCAAUAAGGCCCGGGCCACCGAAGCAAACCCCGAAGUGAAUCCAAGUUUUACACUUGUCUCCCAGGUCAUUGGCAAUCUGAGCAAGCUCAUCCGCGACACCAACACCAAGAUUACCGAAGCCGCCGGAAUGAGCAAGAAUGUCCGAAACGCCCUCCGGAAAGAUCUGAACGAUUGCAUCAGCCAGCUGUCCGCCUCGCGAGCAGAGUUGCAGCCUGCUGUGGAUGGGGGCGAGGAGGCCCUCAUGCUGCAGAGCACCGAGUCCGCCAAGACGCUCAUCAACAAGAUGCAGCAGCAAGACGCAGCUGGAGCCGUGCCCGCACCGCUGCAGAAGCUGGGUUCCUUCAGUGGGAAAAACAAUUCUCGCGAUUUCAGACGAGCAGUUCGGCUUCCUGUGGAACCCACUUACGUGACGACGGUUGUCAAAGCAAAGUAUGAUUCAGAAGAAGAAGCAACUGUGAAGAUUCCCGUGCUACUGCCUCAUCGCAUAUAA